GUUUAAGUUUCCUGCUUCAGGCGUAACAUCUUUCACCUCAAGGACGGUUCUGAUUUCAAUCCGUUUAACCUUUUUAAACCACUGUCAGUCAGUUGGUUCCACCAUGCGGGGUUUGUAUCUCCUCCUGAUCCCUACCCUGCUGCUCCUCCUGGCCCUUCCCGUCUCCAAGGGUCGUUACAACGAUGACUUUGACGACGGGGAGGACCUGGCAGAAUUCGAUGACAACGACUUCGCCGAGUUCGAGGACACGAAUGAUGAUCUGACAGCCGAGGCAGAAACCGCUCCCCCACCGCGUGCCGCAGCGCCCUCGCAGCCCGAGGAGGAUGAAGAUGAAGCCACCGUGGAGCUGGAGGACGAACAAGAUGGUUUCGAGGACUCGGAGACACAAGAUCAAGACAUGUUCAGUAAAUACGACCAGGAGGAGUUUGAGGGGAUUGGAGACAUGGAGAAGACGAGCCACUCCAUGAAGGACCCCCUCAUAAUCCACACGGUUCCUGCACACCUUCAGAACAGCUGGGAGAGUUACUACAUGGAGAUCCUGAUGGUGACCGGCCUGUUGUCCUACAUCAUGAACUACAUCAUAGGCAAGAAUAAAAACAGUCGCCUCGCUCACGCCUGGUUCAACUCGCACAGGGAGCUUCUGGAGAGCAACUUCGCUCUCGUGGGUGAUGACGGUACGAGUAAAGAACCUGUGAGCACCGGGAAGCUGAACCAGGAGAACGAACACAUCUACAACCUGUGGUGCUCGGGGCGAGUGUGCUGCGAGGGCAUGCUGAUUCAGCUCAAGUUUUUGAAGAGGCAGGACCUGCUCAACACUCUGACCAGGUUGAUGAGGCCCACCUGCGACCAAGUGCAAAUCAAAGUGACCAUUAAUGACGAGGACAUGGAUACGUUCGUGUUUGCUGUCGGUGCCAAGAGAGCCAUGGCUCGGCUGCAGAAGGAGAUGCAGGACUUGAGUGAGUUCUGCAACGACAAGCCGAAGUCCGGGGCCAAGUUUGGUCUUCCAGACUCCAUGGCGAUCCUGAGUGAGAUGGGCGAGGUGACGGAUGGUGUGAUGGACAACAAGAUGGUUCAUUACAUCACCACCUAUGCCGACAAGAUUGAGUCGAUUCAUUUCUCGGACCAAUUUUCUGGUCCAAAAGUUAUGCAAGAAGAUGGUCAGCCUCUGAAGCUGCCUGAAACCAAGAAGACACUGCUGUUUACAUUCAAUGUGCCUGGCAUGGGCAACACGUCUCCCAAAGACAUGGAGUCUCUGCUUCCUCUCAUGAACAUGGUGAUCUACAGCAUCGAUAAAGUCAAGAAGCUGCGUCUCAACAGAGAGGGCAAGCUGAAAGCUGACAAAAAUCGAGCUCGCGUGGAGGAGAACUUUCUGAAGCAGACCCACGCUCAGCGUCAGGAAGCGGCGCAGACACGGAGAGAAGAGAAGAAGAGAGCUGAGAAGGAGAGGAUCAUGAAUGAGGAGGACCCUGACAGACAGCGACGUCUGGAGGAAGCAGCUCAGCGGCGGGAACAGAAGAAGAUCGAGAAGAAACAGAUGAAGAUGAAGCAGAUCAAAGUGAAAGCCAUGUGAAGAUCACUACGAAAAAAGAGAAAAAAGGCAAACAACGCAGAGAAACAACGCUCAAUUCAGUUUUUUUCUGCUCGUUUUUCCGUCACAGUCCAUAAUCUGCCUCACAGCUUCAAACGGUGUCACCACCUGCUUCACUCACUGCGGCUCAACGUGAACAACUGGUGUCAGAGUCAAAUGAAUGUCCUCUAACUGUCCAACCUGUCACCAAUAAAACACCUGGACUUUUACUUCAGCGCUUCUUUAAAGUCUGUCGCAAAGACGUUACAUCUUUUUAAAUGUAAUCUGCUGAUAAAGAAUACACUAUUAGGUGGUUUUGUUCCACUUUUUUGUAAGAACUGAACAUAUUUCUGUCAUUUUAAUUGGAAAUAUAUUAGCAUUAUUGUAAUCUUUAAACUGUAACGUCAAAUAAAUUUUAAUAUAUAUAUUUGUGUGAAAAGAAAUUGGUAUCUUUCAGGCUGUCAAUAAAAGCACUAAACUGUC